AUGAGACCAUCAAACCAUCUCAUAAAUACUUCAGAAGCUCUACGGCGAGUGUUCCUACCACCUCGAAACGAAAUAUCAAGGACGUACAGCACCCGACCCAUCCUUCAACGCGCCAACCCUCGCCCACGAUGCCUCUCCUGCCCACGCCCCUCCCGUCUCCGCCCUCAACAUCCCCGCAAUGCAUCCACCGACGGACACAUGGUGCAGAUGCCAAAGUACGGGCCCAAGCCCGUACCGAACGGUAAGAAAUUCGGACCCAAAGACGGCCUGGAGGGGCGCCCACGAGACGAAGAGAUCAAUGCCUAUAAAGUCUACAUGGUCGGAUCCGGAGAGGACCGCCUCUCAGAACCCCGCGUCCUAUCCCAAGUCCUCGGUGCGCGCGAGCGAGACGAAAAGGGCCAUCCGACACAGUUCGUGCAAGAGGUCGCGCCGCCGAGUGAAGAGCGCCCGUGGCCCAUUUGCAGACUGUACGACAAAAAAGCCGCGCGCGAGGCGGAAGAGGCGAAGCGGCGAGCGAGCAAGGUGAAUAUGCAGUCGAAGCAGCUGGAGGUUCGCUGGACGGUCAGCGAUAACGAUUUGGGACAUCGGAUGGUGCGGUUGAAGGAGUUUCUGGAGAAAGGGUGGAAGGUGGAAAUUGUUUUUGGGAGUAAAAGGAAAGGGUGGACGAGGAGGAGGCAGGCGGAUCCGGAGGAGGCGACGAAGGUGUUGGAGAAGAUCAGGAAGGCUGUUGGGGAGGUUGAGGGAGCGCAUGAAAGGCGGAUGCAGGGAGAGGUUGGGAAAGAGGCUGUUUUGUUGUUUGAGGGGAAAGCAAAAAAGUAG